AUGGGCCGCCGCACCCGCACCCGCGUCACCCUCGCCCUGUGGGCUCUUGCCGGCACCUCGUCGUCGCGGACGCCCGUCUUCUCGGGCGCAGAGCACGGCUCGUCGAGCUGGCUGGGAGGUGGGGCGGUGCUUGGUGCACGGGCACAGACUGUGGAUAGCUCGACCGGCCGCUGGGCACAAGCCUCAGCGCUCCUCUCGCCGUCCGACGAUCCAACCCUCCUCGUCAUCUCGGGCAAGACCGCCGUCGCAGGCCAGACCGUCGACUCGGCCCCGUCCACCUCGUCCGCCCUGUCGCUCAACCUCUCUCAGCCCAUCCUCGACCUCGACAACCCGCCGUGGUCGACCCUCGACGCGACUGGGCCUAUAGCGUCCUAUGCUUCGCUCGUGCCCUUGUCGUCCUCGGCGGCCCUCUUCUUCGGCGGCGACGCCUCGAGCGACCCGGCCGUCGCCGUCCAGACGGGCAACGACAGCUCGUGGCUCCUCGACCUCGCGCCUCCCUCCUCCACGACCACCACCUCCGACACACUCGUACCCUCCUGGUCGCACGAGACGGCCGCCCUGUGGCCCUCGCAGCCGCAGCGCCGCGAGCUCGCCUUCACGGCCUCGGCGACCAACGGCACACUCUCGCGCGCGUGGCUGUACGGCGGCCAGCGGCCCGACGGCUCGGGCACGACGUUCGCCGAGCUGUGGGAGCUCGAGGUGACGGUCGGGCGGGACGGUGCGCUCGACUCGCCGAGGUGGGCGGCGUGGGAGGCCGACGACGCCGGCGCCGACGUCCCGCCGCCCAUGUACGACGGCACGGCGGUCCUCGUGCCCGGCGCCAAGUCGACCGACCUGCCCUCGGUCUACCUCGUCGGCGGCGCCCAGGUCGACCAGGGCACGGCGUCGCUCGUCGACCUGUCGCGCAUGUGGGCCUUCACGCCCGACUCGACCCUCGGCGGCGGCUCGUGGGCGCUCGUCGAGACGUCGGGCGCCAAGGUGCCGCCGGCGAGGAGGGGCCACGUCGCGGUCGCGGUCGGCGGCGGCAAGGUGUGGGUCCAGGGCGGGAGGAGCCUCGAUGGGUCGACGGUGCUCGACGAUGCGUGGAUCCUCGACACGAGGAGGAAGAGGUGGACCGAGGCGAGAAAGGGCGCGCAGGUGUGGGGGCACUCGGCGGCCAUGGUCGGAGAGACGGUCGUGCUCACGUUCGGCUACGGCGUCAACGCUCCCGCCUCGACUGCCCUCACCGUCUACGCACCGGGCAACAACACGUGGCUCGACGCCUACUAUCCGUCGUACGCCGUCGUCGUUUCGAACCCGAAAGCCGGCGGCUCGUCCUCGUCGCCCUCGACCGCCGUCAGUCCGGGCGAGCCCUCGACCGACGCCGGCGCCAAUGAUCAGCCUACCGGCACCGCCAUCGAUCCGCCCGUCGACCCUGCCGCGACCGGCUCGCCGUCCUCGAGCACCGGCGACGGCGACUCGUCCUCCUCGAACGACGACUCGCCGCCUGCUCCCGCAUGGACCGCUCCCGGGUCCGCCGGCACCUCGCCGAGCGACGCCGACAGCUCUUCCUCAUCGCCCGACGGUACCUCGUCCGACGGCGGCUCGAGCAGCGACGGCGGCGCGCCGUCCAAGUCGACCAUCGCCGGCGCCGUCGUCGGCAGCCUUCUCGGCGCGCUCGCCGUCGUCGCCGGCGCAGCGUUCGCCGUCCGCCGUCACCGCGACGCGCAGAGCGGCGCGCGACGGUACGCCGGCGCCGGCUUCACCGGCGACGAUGACGAGUUUGGGCGGCCGCGAGGAGGAGGAGGAGCAGGGGCGGGCAGCCUCAUGGCCGAGCACCGCCUCAACGGCGGCUACGCGAGCAGCGAGGCGUACAACCUCGACAAGGUGCACCUUGCGCCGGCUGCGGCGCCGGCGGGAGGCGGCGUCCUUGGCGCGCUCGCCGGCCUGUUGAGCCCGCGCGACAAGUUCGCCUCGAGCACGGCGGCGGCGGCGGGCCGCAAGCGGCGGUUCGACAUCCUCAAGGACGAGGAGAACGACGAGGCGCGGGACGGGCGCAAGGAGGGCUGGGCGCGGUUCGACGACGACGGAGAGGGCGAGGGCGAGGACGAGGCGGGCUCGGCGCUCGGCGGCGGGCGAGGCGGCAUGGGCAUCUGGGAGGGCUUCGGCGGCGUGUCGGGCGGGAUCGACCGCCUGAGCGACUCGCUCAAGUCGUCGAGCUCGUACCUCGGCGGCGCGCUCGGCGGCUUCGUCGGCGCGACGGCGACGUCGAGGUCGGGAUCUCGUCGCCGGCGCAGCGGCGGCGGCCUGGUCGGCGACGACGACGAGGACCGCUUUGCCGACAGCGAGCCGGUUCAGCGCACGCCGCACGACCACGCUUACGCCGCCGUCGGGCUCGUCGGCGCGCCCGCAGGCGCCGACCCGGCCUUGGCGCCGAUCGCCGAGUGGGAGGAGGACGACGGCGACGACGACGAGGCGCGGUACGGGCGCGACGAGUCGCGCACGCUCGACACGCACUCGAGCGGGACGCACGCGACGGGCUCGACGGUGCCGUCGAGCGGCGCCGAGUCGUCGCCGACCAAGGCGGCCGCCGUCCGCAUCGUGCGGCCGUUCUCGCCGGCGUCGUCGCUGUACGGCUCUGCGUUCGAGGGCCACCAGCCGCUGUACGGCGUCGACCCGGCCCUGACGCGCACGGCAUCCGACCGCAGCCUCGCGAGCGCGACCAACCGGCUCGUGCACCGGAGCAACUCGUCGUGGUGGAGCCGGCUCAACCUGCCCAAGCCGUCCGCCGCAGACGUCUCGACGCCGACUGCCGCCGUCGCCAUCCGCGACCCUGCACCUGCACCCUCGGUCGUUGGCCUCGCGACCGCGAGCAACCCGUUCCUCGACCCUCCUCCUCCACCUGCGUCCGCCGAGUCGGCCGACGCACCGACCUCGUCCUCCUCCCACUUUGCCGCACCGACCCGUCAGCCCUCGUACCCUGUCACUCGCCCUGACGAGAUGGGUCGGUUCGGCGCCGGCGGCACCGGGCACCUCGUUCGCGGCGAGCACGACUCGUCCAUGUCGUCGAACGCGACCGACGUGACGGCGACGUCGUCGGUGCUCGAGGAGCGCCUGCGCCACAUGGACGUCGUCGAGCGCAUCCGCACGGGCAGUGCCGGCGACUCGUCGGUCGAGGUGACGCCCACGCUCGGUGGCGACGGCUCGUCGUUCGGCCAGCUCCCGUCGUCGUCGUCGGCGCUCGACAACCCGUUCGCCGACGCGCCGACGCGCCCUCAGCUCGCCUACACGCCUGCGCAGGACUCGGUCAUCUGGGCCGGCAGCCUCGCCGGCGCGCUGUCCGAGGUUGGCGGCAGCGCUCGGCCCUCGACCCCGCCGCCUCGAGUGCCGUCCGUCCCGGGCAUCCUGCCUCCGACGCCGACCUACGCGCCUCCCGACUCGCCGCGCAAGCGUCUCGUCGGCCCUCGAGCGCAGCCCAUGUCCCCCGGCGGCAGCAGGCCGGCGCCGUUCGGCACGCCGACGCGGUCGAGCAGCGUCAAGGACCUCGUCGCGAGCAUCGAGCAGCGCAGGGCCCCACCGCCCGCGCCGCCCGUCCUCGCUCCUGCGCCGUCGUCGGGCGCGGUCGCUCGCAAGCGGGCCAAGGUCGAGCACGGGCUCGUCAAGAAGCCGCUGCUGUACGUCGCCAACCCGGACGUCUGA